UAUUUCCGUAUCCGCUUCACGCUUCACUUUGACGGCUACAGGGCUGCCGGAGGUGAGAGUAGCGGUGCAGUACAUUAAUGAAAAGCCAUGGCAGACAAGGCACAGAUACAAGAAGCGAUUAAAAUCCAAGGAGAAGUGGUUCGGAAGUUAAAGUCAGAGAAGGCGAGCAAAGAGCAGAUUGAUGAGGAGGUAGCCAAACUGUUGGAGCUGAAGGCUCAGAUAGGAGGAGAUGAUGGCAAACAUCAGUUUGUUCUCAAGACUGCAAAGGGAACAAGGGACUACAACCCAAAGCAGAUGGCCAUCAGAGAGAAAGUCUUCAACACCAUCAUCGGCUGCUUCAAACGUCACGGAGCAGAAACCAUCGACACACCUGUUUUUGAACUAAAGGAAACGUUGACAGGGAAGUAUGGAGAAGAUUCCAAGCUCAUCUAUGACCUCAAAGACCAAGGAGGAGAGCUCCUGUCCCUCAGAUAUGACCUCACGGUGCCCUUCGCCCGCUACCUGGCCAUGAACAAGAUAACCAACAUCAAGCGGUACCACAUUGCUAAGGUCUACCGCCGUGAUAACCCAGCCAUGACCCGCGGACGCUACAGAGAGUUUUACCAAUGCGAUUUUGACAUAGCAGGGCAGUAUGAUGGCAUGAUUCCAGAUGCUGAGUGUCUGAAGAUUGUCCAUGAAAUCCUCAGUGAGCUGGACCUGGGAGAUUUCCGUAUCAAGGUCAACGACAGACGCAUCCUUGAUGGGAUGUUUGCUGUGUGUGGCGUUCCAGAUGAAAAGUUCCGCACCAUCUGCUCAACAGUGGAUAAACUGGACAAGAUGCCCUGGGAGGAAGUGAAGAAGGAGAUGGUGAAUGAGAAGGGCUUGUCAGAGGAGGCUGCCGACCAAAUUGGGGAGUACGUCAGUAUGCAGGGUGGAAUGGCCUUGGCAGAGCGCCUCCUUCAAGACCCGAAAAUGUCUCAGAGUAAGCAGGCCUGUGCUGGUCUGUCCGACAUAAAGCUGCUCUUCAGCUACCUGCAGCUCUUCCAGGUCACAGACAAGGUGGUGUUUGACCUCAGUCUGGCACGGGGUCUGGACUAUUACACAGGAAUCAUUUAUGAGGCGAUACUGACUCAGGCAGGCGUGGCCCCGGUGUCCACUGAAGCCCAAAAUGGGGCACCUGCAGAGGAGAGUGUAAGCGUGGGCAGCGUGGCUGGCGGCGGUUGAUAUGACGGCCUAGUGGGCAUGUUUGACCCCAAGGGCAGAAAAGUGCCUUGUGUGGGCGUUAGCAUUGGCAUCGAGAGGAUCUUCUCCAUCAUGGAGCAGAAGGCUGAGACCUCUGCAGAGAAGAUUCGGACCACAGAGGUUCAGGUCAUGGUGGCGUCUGCUCAGAAGAACCUGCUGGAGGAGAGACUCAAACUGGUCACUGAGCUCUGGAAUGCUGGCAUUAAGGCAGAGGUGAUGUACAAGAAGAACCCCAAGCUGCUGAGUCAGCUGCAGCACUGCGAGGAGUCAGGGAUCCCCCUGGUGGCCAUACUGGGUGAACAGGAGCUGAAAGAUGGAGUGGUCAAACUCCGCGUCGUGGCCACCAGAGAGGAGGUUGAUAUUUCCAGAGCAGAUCUUAUAGAUGAGGUCAGGAGGAGGACCUCUGAGGCUUAGCCAUCCUCUCUGCUCAGCUACAACUCCAUCCACACCACCUGAAUGCAUCAAACACAGAAUCUUGGACAGAAUAUCUUCUUGUACUCAUGUUGGACACUGCAACAGGGCAAAUGGCCAAACUGCAACAAUGCUAAGUAGAAGUGUGUUAAACAUGAAAGGGAACACUGUCAUUAGACAACACCAUCCAGAAAAUUUGUUUCAGUUGACAUGAAAUGCAAUGUGCUUUGGAUUAUGUCUGACAGCCAUGUUCUUGUUUUCAGUGUCAACACUGUAAUAUUGUGCUCUGAGGAACACAUCAUUGAUGUUAGCUAUUUAAGUCCAAGAAGUUUAGGUUUCUUAUUUUACUUAAAGCUGCUGAAGAUCAGUUUGGCCUUUAAGGGUAACUUCAGUAGUUUACAACAUGGACACUAUAAUCCCAUGUUUCUGUGGCAAAGUGACUAAUGGAGACAACAGUUUUCCAGAUUGGUCUAGUAUUAAGUGAGAGUGCUGCAGCCAACAGUGGCAAAACAGGCUGCAGUGUAACCUCUAUGGGGCAUACAGCAUUACUGUAUGUCCACUAAAAGUGCUUGGUUUUGCCACUGACAGGCUCAGAUUAUUACAAGUGUCUGACAACGUUAUGGAAAAGAUCCCUACAGAGAUAAACCCUUUUGUUGAAAAGUAAGAUCCUUUUUGUUAAACAAAGAACAGCCCCAAAUUGCUAUCGUCAAACCUCCCAGACUCCAUUUAAAUUGUCAUUUUAACAUUUAAACAAAGUCUGGUGGCUUUGGCGAUUGUGAUUUUUUUCUGGUCUAAUUGUUGUCUCCAUUACUCACUUUGACACAAAAACAUGAGAAAAUAGGAUCCACGUUAAAAAUGAUACCGAAGUUACCCUUCAAUCAGAUGAAGAAGCUAAAUCUGUUGUUAGAGCAACAGCUAUAUCAGUCCAGGACCACACAUUAAAGACUCUGUUAGAGACAUUUGCUUUUACCUGAACCCAUUUGCUGCAGUUCAACUUAUAACUUUAUCUCAUAACAGUAAAGUCUUUCUCCUUUCUACCUGUAUCAAACACGGCUGUACUGUCAAGUGUCUGAAAUAAACACAUUCAUCAUUCUGCUCAGUA